AGGAGUUUGGGCCGAGACGAACCCCCCAGGCCUCGCAAAGGAACAGGCUCCAAUCCAUGUCCAGCUGACCGGCCCAUGAGGGUGCGGCAGUACCCUAUGACUAUCGAGGCAAGGAGAGGGGUCCGUGAGAACAUUUGUAAGCUAAAGGCGGCCGGGAUCCUAGUCCCAGUUCAGUCCCCAUGGAAUACACCCCUGCUACCUGUAAAGAAGCAAGAGACGGGGGAGUACCGCAUGGUCCAGGACCUCAGAGAAGUGACUAAAAGAGUAGAGACUAUACACCCCACGGUGCCAAACCCCUACACCCUCCUGAGCCUCCUGCCUCCCGACCGAACUUGGUAUAGCGUCCUGGAUUUAAAGGAUGCCUUCUUUUGCCUCCCUCUGGCCCCCAAGAGUCAGUUGCUAUUUGCCUUCGAAUGGAACUACCCAGAAGAGGGGGAGUCGGGACAGUUGACCUGGACUAGGCUCCCGCAAGGGUUCAAGAAUUCCCCCACCCUGUUUGACGAGGCCCUAAGCCAGGAUCUCCAGGGCUACCGGGUUGAGCACCCGGAGGUCACUCUCCUCCAGUACGUUGAUGACCUCCUGGUGGCCACCAAUACGAAGGACGACUGUGUCCAGGCCACCCGUGACCUUCUACAGGCCCUAGACCAGCGAGGGUAUCGGGUCUCAGCAAGGAAGGCUCAGCUCUGUGUGAAGAAGGUAGUGUACCUUGGGUUCCAGAUAGAAGGAGGAACCCGGACUCUUGCUGAAAGCCGGGUCCAGGCAGUUCUCCAGAUACCUACCCCGAAAACCAAAAAGCAGGUACGGGAGUUCUUAGGCACGGUGGGGUACUGCCGGCUUUGGAUCCCCGGCUUCGCAGAGAUCGCCAAGCCACUACACUCAGCCACUGCGGGAGGGGCCGGUCCACUAGAGUGGGCUGAAGAGGAAGAAAGGGCCUUUCAAACCCUCAAGGAAGCUCUUAUCCAGGCCCCCGCCCUUUGGUUGCCCAAUUUAGAGAAGCCCUUUCAGCUCUUUGUGGCGGAGAAUCAAGGUGUUGCGAAGGGGGUACUGACACAGACUUUGGGACCUUGGAAAAGGCCUGUUGCCUAUUUGUCCAAAAGAUUAGACCCCGUGGCGGCGGGAUGGCCCGGAUGCCUACGAGCCAUAGCCGCAGCGGCUCUCCUGGUAAAGGAGGCCACGAAGCUCACCUUUGGCCAGAAUCUGGAAGUGACAUCGUCCCACAACUUAGAGGGGCUACUCCGGUCUCCCCCUGACCGGUGGAUGACUAACGCUCGAAUAACCCAGUACCAAGUACUUUUACUAGAUCCUCCGCGCGUGAGUUUUCGACUGACCUCCGCCCUCAAUCCUGCCACCCUGUUGCCUGAGACUGAUGAUUCUCUGCCCCUGCACCACUGCGGAGACCUGUUGGACACGCUAACCUCAGCUUGACCGGAUCUAAAGGACCAGCCACAUCCAGAUGCCGAGGUAACUCUCUUUACAGAUGGAAGCAGUUUUGUAGAGGAUGGGGAGCGGCGUGCCGGAGCAGCAGUCGUCACCAUAGACUCAGUAAUUUGGGCACAGGCACUACCCAAAGGUACCUCGGCUCAGAGGGCUGAGCUGAUUGCCCUUACAGAAGCACUCCGGUGGGUGGAAGGUAAGAAGGUGAACAUCUAUACUGACAGCAGGUACGCCUUUGCUACUCUCCACGUGCACGGGGCCCUAUACAAAGAGCAAGGACUACUCACGGCAGGGGGAAAAGCCAUUAAGCAUGCAACCGAAAUAGUAGACCUCCUGACAGCGGUCUGGAGGCCUAAAAAGGUGGCUGUUAUCCACUGUCGCGGUCAUCAAAAGGAUGACUCCUUUGUGGCUACGGGAAACCGGCACGCUGACCAGACCGCAAAGGCUGUAGCCAAGGGGGACGGGGCAAGCAUCAUGGUCUUCAAACCCCAGUCCCCGGAGGAAUUGUUUGAAGAACCACCCCAUUACUUCAAAGAGGAGAUAGCACUAGGCAAGAAGUUAAGGGGAAAACCCACCCCAGGCGGCUGGUAUCUGUUGCCAGAUGAGCGAAUCCUCCUCCCGAAAGCAGUGGGGAGGCGGGUGGUUGAGCAAACUCACCACGCCACUCACCUAGGGGAGAGCAGACUCACUGAACUGAUUAGAAAAUAUUACCUACUUUGUGGUAUCUACAAGAUUGUAAAGGACAUUGUAGGACGAUGUGUCGCCUGUGCUCAGGUAAACGCCAGCCCGAGCCCCCUGGCUCGAGAGGUAGGAACAAGAAGACGUGGGGACCACCCCGGAGAGCACUGGGAAGUAGGCUUCACUGAAAUGACCCCGGCGAGGGGGGGCUACCGUUAUCUGCUGGUAUUCAUUGAUACCUUCUCGGGUUGGGCCGAGGCCUUCCCAACCAAAGGAGAGACGGCUCAGGUAGUAGUGAAGCACUUAGUUAAUGAUAUCGUCUCCCGAUUCGGCCUACCCAUCCAGCUGGGGUCGGAUAAUGGCCCAGCAUUUAUAGCCAAGCUCACCCAGCUGCUGGCCUCGACCCUCCAAAUUACUUGGAAGCUCCACUGUGCUUAUCGCCCACAGAGCUCAGGGCAGGUAGAGAGACUCAAUAGGACCCUAAAGGAAACAAUAACUAAAAUGAAACUAGAGACUGGCGGCGACUGGGUAAGUUUGCUUCCUCAGGCCCUCCUCCGGGUAAGGUGUACCCCAGGGAAAGAAGGUCUCACCCGCUUCGAAGUCCUGUAUGGACUCAAACCUCCCGUGGUCCCCCAGGUAGGGCUCGAACACCUAACUAACAUCAAGCAACAGACUUUGCUUAAGUCUCUACAGGCCCUGCAGACGGCUCGUACCCAGGCUCGUGCCGCCCUUGCAGACGCCCGCCCGAAUCCCAAUCCUGAGGUUCCAGGGAAGCCGCUUUUCGCUCCUGGUGACCUGGUCUACGUUAAGAAGAUCAACGCUCCGCAGCUGACUCCUCGGUGGGACGGGCCUUUCCAAGUCCUCAUCAGCACGCCCACGGCGGCCCGGGUUGCGGGAAAGACUGCUUGGAUUCACCAUUCCCGGUUAAAGAAGGCACCGACUCAGGACGACGAGGGAACAUGGCGGAUCAUCCCCUCCACCGACCCACUGAAGGUCAAGCUAACCCGGUCAGAUGGACAAUUAUAGUUCUGAUCCUGUUUUCCUCCUUAUAUUUGGGUGUAACCCACCCCCUCGUCAAACCCCGAUGGGUACUCCUCAGGACUUCUGAUGGGAGUAUAAUUACUGAGAAUGUCACCUACUCCUCCACCCCUACCUUGGCCUUCGAUCUUAGCAAGGUGUUUGGCGACCUUUGUCGCGAACUAGGCCUCCGGAACAG